AUGUGCUUGCUACUUGUUGCUCGAGCAAUUCAAACUCCUAUUGAUGGUAUUGAUUCAAUUGCCAUUGCUUCAUAUUCUUCUCAUUCCCUUGCUACUGGCAUAUUGGCUAUUGCAAUCUUAGCUUGGUCAACUGGCUCUGGACCAAUAGAUGUUCAGAGAGCUAUUGAGAUGAAUUCGGGCUCGUGUUCGGCCCUAUAUAAGAUGAUGAAGACAAUCAUAACAUUGUCUUUUGUUCCCCCUUCCAUGCUCCUCACUAUCAAUACCAAUCCAAUGGAGGAGUUUUUCAACCGUUUUCUCAUUCUGACCCUUGCGGUCAUAGCCAAUUCUCAAGAUGGUGUUGGAGGGAUAGGCUCUGGCCGCUCCGGCGAAGGAGUCAAGGAAAGGUUGAGAUUGGGAAGCGUUCGGGUUGAAAGGAAGGUGAGAAGGAGCAGGUAG